AUGGCGACCGAUAAACUCAUUCUCAACACAGCUCAUUCAGCAGGAAGAACAUUUCUCGCGUUUUCAAGAGACGGAAAUGUUCUGUAUACAGGAGGAGCUGAUACUCUCGUGCGCGUCUGGAAAGCUGAUAGUGGUGCAGACCACGAACCAGAGACAGCCUUAGAAGCAGAUGAGCCUAUCACUGCUCUGGGUGUUGAUAACGAUGGAUGGCUUUCUGGUAGCGAAGAUUCCCAUGUGCGACGCUAUUUGAAGACUCGUACCGAGAUGGAGAGCCUCAUCGCUCGCGCAAAUGCGAUUCCGAUCCGAUACAUCGCAGCGGACCCCAAAGGAAGGAGAGUAGCAAUUGCAUCGGAUGAAACUGUCGUGAAAGUAAUAGACCUUGACGAUACCACCAAAGUGCAACUUCUCGAAGGACAUAAGAAGGGCGUACGAAGUGCAACUUGGCACCCGUCGGGUAGUCUUGUGACUACUUGUAGUUCCGAUGGCAAAAUUAUCGCGUGGGACUUAUCUGAAGAUGAACCCAAGAUUGAGAAGACCCUGGAAGGAAUCAUUCCUGCAGUGAAUGACAACGAGUCUGCUGAAUUUGGUCACGAGUGUGCAGCAGUCUGGCAUCCAUCAGGAAUGUACUUUGUCGUAGCGACUAAAGCUCACGAAAUCAUCACUGUCUCUCGUAGCACGUGGUCAAAAAUAUCUUCCUUCACUAAUGAAGACUGUCUCGGGGCCACUACAGCCCUUGCUAUCUCUUCCAAUGGUGUCUACCUUGCGUCUGCAUGCAACUCGGGCGUCUUCAUUUGGUCAACCCAAACUCGGCGUGUCGUAGCACGCCAAUCCCUCCCGCAAAAUACGACCAUCCACAGCCUCGCCUUCUCUUCUACACACAACUUGCUGGCAUGGACAGACAAUAGUGGUAAUCUGACUCGAUGGCCUAAUGCAGUCCCGAUAUCCCUACCAAGCCCGACAAAGCCUGUUGCUACAAACGGCAUGAGUAUACCGAUGCAACGACGGCCUGAUACGUCUGCAUUGUUUCUUGAUGAUGCUGCUGACGCGGCUGAAGGAGACGAUGGCGGAGAUGUGAAUCUUGACGUAGAUGCAGGAGGUCUGGAUGAGCACGAUGAGGAUUGGAUCAUUGAUGACCUGGGGGACGGGCUGAAGGAAAGCGGCGAGAAAGAGUACGGCCUGCGAGAAAUGGUCAGCGUAACGAAGGCACAGGCAGCCUUCCAACCUGGGUCAACUCCGUUUCAGAACAAGAGGAGAUAUAUUUCCUUUAACAAUAUUGGAGUUGCAGAGGUUGUUGACCAGGACACACAUCAAAUCAUUAAUGUGGAGUUCCACGAUCAGACAACACGCAAGAACUACCAUUUCACGGAUUCUUAUAAAUUCGACAUGGCGUCAAUAGGCGAGCGCGGCGUUGUGUAUGCAUGCCCUCCGGAAGGAGUUCAUCCAGCUCGUGUACAUUACAAGCCAUACGCAACGUGGGCUUCUCUUGGCGAGUGGACAUACGAGCUGCCUAAUGGCGAGCGGGCAAUUGCAAUCGCUGCUGGGGGAACUCCACCGACCCGUUCACUACGAGUUCUUCAAGAAGCAGACGCAGAGGGUAAUGGCUAUGUAGUUAUUGCGACCGAUCGCGGUGUUGUGCGUUUCUUCUCUGGCGGUGGAGCACAGCGAGGGCCCGUAUGGGCGAUAGACGGUGAUAUAAUUGCAAUGGUCGCUGGACGUGACUACGUCUUUGUUGUCCACCGUGAGGGAGGGACUAGUCUUGACGGUAAUCAAAAUCUGAAGUAUACCUUACGGACAUCGGAUACAUUCCGAGUCAUGCAUACUGGUCGACUACCCGUGAACAGGGGGCAAACUUUGAAAUGGCUAGGUAUUACUGAUGAAGGCGCACCUGUGAUAUACGACUCUGUUGAGCGCAUAAUGAUGCUCGAGCAUUACAGAUUCACUGCACAAGGCUCGUGGGUUGUCUUGCUUGAUGCGACACAGUUAGCACGAAGAGACGGGAAGGAUGAAGCUUACUGGCCUAUUGGUGUUACUGGAAGCACUCUGAUGACCAUCAUCUUGAAGGGCAGAGAAGCGUACCCCGGCUUCCCUCGACCUCUCGCGCAGGAAAUCGAGAUGCAAAUGCCAUACCUUGACAUGGACAGCCCAGAGGCACAAAAGGAAGAACGAGUAGCCCGAGAGACCAUCCUUCUCGACCAUCUGCGUGAUACGCUUGAAGAAGACGAACUUACGACCGAGGACAUCUCCAAGACCGAACUCGAUCUCGACAAGGAGCUUAUUCAGCUCAUUCAACUUGCUUGCAAACACGAUCGUUUGCAACGAGCAUUAGACGCCGCUAAACUCCUGCACCACACCGCAUCGAUCGAUAUGGCCAUCAAAGUCGCAGACUUCUAUCAUCUCGCUGGAUUACGUGAAAAGUUUAACGUGCUUAAGCGGAUUCGUGUCGGUGCAGACCGGUUACGCGACGAGCGUGCGCGUCGUUCAGACUGGAAAGCAGCUGCUGGUGCAGUACCUCCUGCGAGGGAUCCAUAUGCAGCUGCUGAAGCAGAUGCAGCGCGAAGACCAUUCCAGGACACGCGUCCAGCCCCAGCUGUAGACCGUCCGAGAUUAGCAACCGCAGCUCCUUCGGCAGAGCCAUCACCCUUUGCCCGUAGACCUACGCAACAGCAGCCACCUAUAGUACCAUCGUCGUCUUCUCGAACCGUUGUCGACGCCUCCCCUCCACCGGAGAAACGUAAACGAGCCGCGGUUGACGAGAACGAGGAGUCAAUUGCAUCAACUUCAGAUGCAAAUCCCAAACGUCGUGCUGUAGGUUUCGACGAAGACGCUUCCAGUUUAAAACCUAGUAAGUAUCCAUCCUUCAGCUCCUUCAUUUAA